GGCCAGUCUAGACCGCGUCGGUUUGAAAUCUUUUUUUAUUAUUUUUUUUUUCUAUACAGUUAACAAUUGCUGGCGUUUGUGGUUUGCACAAUAAUGCUAUAUGUAGCCUUUAAUGUAAAGUCAAAGUACAUUUUAAUACAUUGGUUUUUCACAGCCUAGAACUAGUAAAGAAACACAGAGAAAUUGUUUCUGUACUCACAGAAAUAGUGAGUACAGAAUAGCCUAGUUUCCAAAUGGUUUCAAAUUUACUUAAGAAAAUUGAUUCAGUUGUCAAUUAUGUGAAAACAGUAUAAUUUGUAGAGACAGAGAGAGAGGGAGCAAGAGAUGGCAUUUGUCUUCUGUUGAGGAUCAGACAUAUCCAACAUCCACAGCUUCUUUUUAACACACAGACUCUGCUCUUUAUGUUGUGCUGUUGGAGAGUGUUAUAGAACUCAGGGGGGAAAAGGGUUACAUGAUCCAGUGAAUGGAGUGCUUGUGUGCUUUCGUGCCUCUAUGGAAGCUCUCCUAUGUGAGAAUGUAACAAGGAGACUCAACACGCAUUUCACCGUCUGUCUGCGUGUAUGUCUGUCUCUCUGUCUGUCUGUCUGUCUGUCUGUCUGUCUGUCUGUCUGUCUGUCUGUCUGUCUGUUGGGCAUUCUGCUUGCCUGGCUGUCUGUCUGCCUGUCUGCAUGGCAUUUCUGGUGUCUAUCUGUAUGAAGUCUGGUUCAAGCUAUUGUGUACCUGUAGUUACUAAUUACACGCAUGCACACGCGCGGGCAUGCACACACGUGUACAAGCAUGCAUCCAUGCAUGCAUGCACACACGCACACACACGCAUGUGUGCAUGCACUCGUGUGCGCAAACACACACAUACUCAAUACUGAAGCAAUUUGGGAAAUAAUGGGGUCUAGACUACACUCAGAUUUUUUGCCAGGAAAUCUGUGUACCGGCCCUUGGGUCCUCAAUGGUGAACUUGUCCUCUUAGCAUUGAAAGAAUAGUUGGCUGUUUCGGAUUUACAAAACCGUAACCAAAAGUGAUCUUCAACAACACCAGCAAGGCCUUGUGUGUGCCACAAGCUUUUUGGGUUUUCCUUACUUCUGGUUCCAAAACACUUUGGCACUACACAGAGUUCUAACUAGUAGCCAGAUAACACCGCCGUCGCCAUGGAGGCUAAAUCUCGGCGCGCUGUCCCGAUGCUCAGUCUGUGUGUUUCAGUCGUUCCUGUCACUGAUAACUGUCCUCUCCGUAGAGACUUUGAUUCAACAUUAUGGUUGUUGUUUGUGAUUAUCUGUCGCCUCGCUCCGAUUACCAGAACUUUCUAAAACAUUCUAGGGAUUUGGCAGUUUUGACAGUUCUACACAAACAUUACUUAUCAGUACAAAUAAUUGUUUACUGUUUUGCACAAUCUUUUUUUAACCGACUGUAUGUAAAAUCUGUUGUCCUUGGGGGGAUUGUACUAAAAGUUAAGUUAAGUGAGCUAAGUAUAAGUAUUACGCAAGUCUUUUUUCAGUCCAAGGAGGAAAGGCCUUUGACCCCGUAUGAUAUGGUGGUUAGUUUAUAAAGCCCCACAGGAAGUUCCCUGACCUAAUGUCCUGUCUCACUGGUAAACAACAUCCCUAUUAACCUUAGAGCAUCUCUGGCUAUGACCUUUAAAGAACUCAAUCUUUCCAUCUUUCACACUCUGUGUUUUUAUCCAACUCCUUCUGCAUUUCUCUCUUUCUCCAGAUGUGACUAACUGAAUAAUUGGACAAGUUAAUCUUUCCUUCUCUUUCUUUCGUAUUCUGUUUUUUGGCAAACAACUUAUUUUAUUGUGAAACAUUCUAAUGUUUGCAUCAGCCAGAGAACGGAAAGAGUUAAAAUGAAAGUUAUGCCUCAUUGCCAGACAAUUUUGCCAGAAGACUAAGUGUAAAACUUUUAUUGUGAACUGGAAAGCUCAAGAGAAAAUAUUAACCUUUUAUUUAUGAAUGGUUGCCAGGCUACCCCGCUUAUAUGUUUAUAUUCCCAUGGUAUAUUAUCAUAUAUAAAUAAUGAUUACCCCAGGUAAAGCCAUACUCAAGCUCUGUCUCAAUUUUAGUCUCUCUUUUCUUUUCUUUCUUUCUUUCUUUCUUUCUUUCUUUCUUUCUUUCUUUCUUUCUUUCUUCUUUCUUUCUUUCUUUCUUUCUUCUUUUCUUUCUUCUUUCUUCCCCCCUAUAUUGAACAUAACAUGGCUGAAAUAAUAGUAGGUGCUUAAUAAAGAAACCCACUAAUAUAUCUGUCUUCUGCUCUGUCCCACAUUCUGUUUGUCUAUUUCCCACUCAGAUUUUCUCAGGAUAUUUUCAAGGGGAGUGAUGCCCAGACCCAAUUAGGGUAUACGACUAAGCUACCCCAAAAAACAGCUGAAUGCUGGGUGACUGACUGCUGAUCCCGCCUCCAGAAUACAACCGACGGCGGUGAGACGCGCGGGCACAAGAUGGCCACCGAGGAGGCGGAGCGAGGACCCGGGUCCUCCACGGUCGGCGCACACGUUGCCUCCCCCCAGCCCACCCCCGCCCCGUCCGCCCCCGCCCCGUCCCACCUCCGCAGAGUAAACCGCCCUCUGGGGUCGCGGCGGAACUCCGAGCAGCUGCCGCGGCCGCCGGCGUCCGAGGUGGGCUGUAACCACGGCGACACCUGGCGCAGGCCCUCACCGCGACCGUACCGGACGUUUUCCUACGACCACGCCAGCUCCAAGGGGGAGGGGUCGUUCUUGGACGGAGAGAGAGCCACAGGGAGACCUCCCCCUGGGCAGAGCAUGAAGGGAGUCAGCGGUGGGGUGGCCAGGCUAGCUAGGAGAGGACCAGAGAGCCCCUUGGGCCAGUUGGAUGUACUUGAUGAUGAUGAUGAUGAUGAUGAUGAAGAUGAUGAUGAUGAUGAUGAUGAAGCCUGGGAGAGAGCUGUCAUUGUGCAUUGUGCCUGCCCGGUUUCACGCCUCCAUGCCAACUGUAACCACAGUCCUGGAUCCAAUUUGAAUCGCAGGUCAAACGUAAGCACUAAGUCCAACAUGAGUCCGGCCCACAGCCCUGCGUCCAAUCGAAGCCCGCUGUCUAACGUAAGCCCUGCCGUCGGAGGCUGCAGGGCAAAUACCAGGCCACGAUCCAGACCGACCCAGCACUUCCAUCGCCACACUCGCCGCAGCAGCCUGCCCGCGUUCAUGCUGGCGUCCCUCAAGUUCCCUGGCUCACCCGUGCCUCCCCAGUCUCCCAGCGGCCCAUCCAGUGAACCGGGGGGUCCCGGGUGUCAUCGCCCCUCUCUUCCCCCCUCCCACAAUGCCUCCACCACGACCACAACCACCACCCCCAGGACGGCUACUCCAGCCUGGAGCGGCUGAACCGGAGGCCUAGGGUCGGCAAAACCUCCCUGGAGAAGCUCCACCACUGGCGCUUGUCCCUAGACAAGGAGCCGCGGUGCCUCCCGGCAGCGCGGGGCAGCACGGCCGGAGGCUGCCGGGACAAGGAGGAGGAGGAGGAGGAGGAGGAGGAGGAGGAGGAGGAGGAGGACCAGGGGGAGGAGGACCAGGGGAGGAGGACGAAGGGGUGGUUGCCGAGGGCGACAGCACGUUUGUGCGUAACCGCAAGGAGCGCUCCACCGUUCUCGUGAGGCGGUUCUUCAAGAACAACCAGAAGGUUUCCAAGCCCGUCUGCACGGGGACCAGGGCCAUCGUGCGGGCCCUGCCCUCGGGCCGGCCGUCCACAGAGGUCUGGAGGCAGGUGGUCCAGCACCAGAGCUCCAGGCCUGUCAGGGAGCUGGUCUGGGGGGUCCUGGUGCGGCUCCGGGCGGAGGGGGAGAGGCUGAACGUCUGCAGAGGAAUGCGUCGCUUUGUGGGCGUCAAACAUCUCAAGGUAUUGAAAAAUGUGCAGCCCUUAGAGGAGCACCACCUUCUCCACCCCGCCAGGAAACUGCUGCUGGCCUGCCCUGGCUGCAGGCCUCCUCGUGGGGCUAGGCCAUCACCUGAGCUCCCAGGCCUGGGCCUCGGCUCCACGUUAGGCCCAGAAGAGUCGCCCAGGUGGUACCGUGCGGUGGGCCAGCACACGGCGUUGAGCAGCCUGCUGGGUGGAGCGCUGCUGGAGGCCACGUCCGCCCUGUGCUCUCGCUCCUCCACCUCCUCCUCCUCCUCCUCCUUCAGCUCCUCCUCUUCCUCAUCCAGCCCCACGGCCCUGGGGUGCAGCACCCACAUCAUGCUCAAAGAGCGCCAGGUCUCCGGCAGCACGACGGGGGGCAGCGGGGGCGUCGGCGUGGCGACGCCGGCCCCUGUGGUAGCGGGGGCCAUCAGCAGGGAGCUGUCAGACCUGCGGUCCCUGGCCCAGUUCCCCGAAGAGAUCGCCUGCAUCCUGACCCAGCAGGAGCAGGAGCUGUACCAGAGGGUGUUUCCGCUGGACUACCUGUGUUUCCUGACCCGGGAUCUGGGGGGUACUGAGGGUCAGACCAAGCGUCACCCCAGCCUCAAGGCCUCCCUGUCGGGCCCGCCCUCCUCUACCCACAAUGCUCAGCGACGCAACGCCGUGGAGGACCUGGUGGCCCGCUUCAACGAGGUGAGCUCGUGGGUGACGUGGCUGGUCCUGACGGCCAGCUCCAUGGAGGAGAAGAGGGAGGUGUUCUCCUACCUGGUGCACACCGCCCGCUGCUGCUGGAACAUGGGCAACUACAACGCCGUCAUGGAGUUCCUGGCCGGGCUGCGCUCUCGCAAGGUUCUGAAGAUGUGGCAGUUCAUGGAGCAGGCGGACAUUGAGACCAUGCGGGGGCUGAAGGACGCCAUGGCCCAGCAUGAGUCCUCCGCAGAGUACAAGAAGCUGCUCACCAGGGCACUCAAUAUCCCAGGAUGCAAGGUGGUUCCGUUCUGCGGGGUCUUCCUGAAGGAGCUGAGCGACGCACUGGAUGGGACCGCCAGCAUCAUCAGCCUCAAAGCCCCGCUGGAAAACACAGACUCAGACUCACUGGAGUUUGUGUCCGACUACCACGGCCAGCAGCAUUUCAUGUCCCGCUCCGGUCCCGACGGGCUCCACGUCCCGGAGAAGGAGGCCACUGUCAGCAACAUCCUGCAGAUCAUCCGGUCCUGUAACCGUAGCCUGGAGGCAGAUGAUUCAGACGAAACGACCAGUCACAGCCCUUCCUCGGUGGCCCCGCCCCCAACCUCCCGGAACAACUCGUUCAGGGAGCGAAGCUACAAUCCUUCCCGCUCUUCCAGGCUAGCCCCUGAAGCCAGUCGGGUCUUGUUCACAGUGGGGGAUGUGUCUGAUGCGGAGGCCGAGCCGUGCCUGGAGGCGGGGGGGAAGGAGGUGGAGUUCCAGGGAACCGAGGAGACCCACCCCGCCUUCGCCCACAACACAGAGAUCAUACCCUGGUACGUGCUGUCCCUGCAGCCCGACACACAUCAGUUCCUGCUGCAGGGCGCUACGGUCAUCCACUACGACCAGGACAGCCACCUCAGCGCCCGCUGCCUCCUCACACUGCAGCCCGACAACACCACCCUCACCUGGGGGAAGCCUCGGUGCGGAGGACCCCCAGCGACGGAGCCUCCAGUCGGGCUCGGCCAAACCGUGUUUGCUGGUCUGGCCGAAGGCCUGCUGGAUCUGGGGGUGGUCAAGGCGGUGUUCCUGGGUCACCACGGGGCAGACGUCCACGCUGUGUGUCUUCAAAACAAACUGAGCCAAAUGACGGCGGAAGACAACGCCCUGACGCUCCUCUACGGCCUCGGCACCACCGACAACAGGCUGCUUCACUUUGUGGCACCCAAUCACACGGCCCAGGCGCUUCACAAGGGCCUAUCAGAGCUGGUGAACGCCACCAGGAAGCUGAAGAGGUUCCCCGACCAAAGGCUGCAGUGGUUGAGGAGACAGUAUGUCAGCCUGUAUCAGGAGGAUGGGCGAUACGAGGGCCCGUCGCUGGCCCAGGCCAUCGAGCUGUUUGGGGGCCGGCGCUGGAACAUGGGCGCCGGCGGGGCGGAGAAGGCGGGCGGCCAGAAGAACAACACGCUGGGAAACGAAAAGACCAAGAAGAAGAAGAAGGUCCUCGUCAGGGGAGACAGCGGGGAUGUGACGGACGAUGAGAUGGUUUCCCGAAAGACCCGGAGCUGUAAGGAAGCACUGGGCCGGAACGGAAUGGAGUUCAACGACAGCAUGGACCAGGACGAGUCGGAGGACAGCUUUCCUGGACCGUUCUCCCUGUCAGCCAAUAGGAGCCCAGCGAUGCUGGCCUCUUCCUCCUCCUCCUCCACCUCCUCCUCUUCCUCCUCCAGCAUGGUCGGGGCGGUCCAGACCCGCCCCCAGGCCUCUCCCGUCCUAUCAGGGGCCGCAAAGACACCGCCGCCUGGUGCGUGGAGCAGCCGGUCGUGGCACGGCAGGUGCAAAGGUUGCUUCAAAGGCUUCCAGAACCUGAUGAUCUCAGACAGCUCCAUGAGCUUCAUUGAGUUUGUGGAGCUCUUCAAGUCCUUCAGCAUCCGCAGCAGGAAAGACCUGAAGGAGCUGUUCGAUACGUUUGCUGUCCCCGUGAGCCGAUCCAGCCCUGAGUCGGCGCCUCUCUACACCAACCUGCGCAUCGACGACCUGGACAUGGGACUCCAGCCGGACCUUGACCUGUUGACCAGGAACGGGUCAGACCUGGGCCUCUUCAUCCGAACGCAGCAGCAGAUGACGGACAACCAGAAGCAGAUCUCCGACGCCAUCGCGGCGGCGAGCAUCGUGUCCAACGGCACGGGCGUGGAGAACGCCUCGCUCGGGGUCCUGGGCAUGGCCAUUCCCCAGCUCAACGACUUCCUGGUCAACUGCCAGAGAGAGCACCUGAGCUAUGACGACAUCCUCAGCAUCAUACAGAAAUUUGAGCCGUCGUCGAGCAUGCGACAGAUGGGCUGGAUGUCAUUUGAAGGCUUUGCCAGGUAUCUGAUGGACAAGGAGAACUGUGCGUCGCGUCACGAGGAGUCUCAGGUGGACCCGGCGGAGCUGCAGCACCCCCUCUCCUACUACUACAUCGAGUCGUCCCACAACACCUACCUGACCGGACACCAGCUCAAAGGGGAGUCCUCCGUGGAGCUGUACAGCCAGGUCCUUCUGCAGGGGUGCAGGAGCGUGGAGCUGGACUGCUGGGACGGAGACGACGGCAUGCCGGUCAUCUACCACGGACACACCCUCACCACCAAGAUACCCUUUAAGGACGUGGUGGAGGCGGUAAACCGCUCAGCAUUCGUUAACUCCGACAUGCCCGUCAUCCUGUCCAUAGAGAACCACUGCUCCCUGCCCCAGCAACGCAAGAUGGCCGACAUCUUCAAGGCGGUGUUUGGCGAGCGUCUGGUGAUGCGUUUCCUGCUUGAGAGCGACUUCAGCGACGACCCCCUCCUGCCCUCCCCCCUCCAGCUGAGGGGGAAGAUACUCCUCAAGAACAAGAAGCUCAAAGCCCACCAAGCGCCUGUAGACAUCCUCAAACAGAAGGCUCACCAGCUCGCCCACAUGCAGGCCCAGGCUAGCAACGGGGGGUCGCCGGGGGUGGGCUCCACAGGCAACAACACCAAUGAGGAAGAGGAGGAGGAAGAGGACGAGUACGACUAUGACUACGAAUCUCUCUCAGACGCCGAUGUCCUCAUGGCCUCUACCGCCUCCUAUAGCCUGGAAGACAACAUCCUGGAUGACAAGCCGGAGGGGAAGAGCACAGCGGAGAAGGAAGAGCCGCCGACCGACGAGGUUCCCAAGAGAAGCUCCAAGAAACCGGAGAGGGCGGCAAACUGCAAGGGAAAAGUGUUUGACAUGGAGUUGGGGGAGGAGUUCUACCUUCCUCAGAACAAGAAGGAGAGCCGGCAGAUCGCCCAGGAGCUGUCGGACCUCAUCAUCUACUGCCAGGCCAUCAAGUUCCCCGGCCUGUCCACACUGUCUCCGACUGACUCGGGCCGAGGGAAGGACCGAGGGAAGGGCAGGAAGUCCAUAUUUGGAGCGGCCCCUGCUCGCAUUAACACACUGGGAGACUCCGCCCCCCAGACCCGCCCCUCAGGGAAAGGCGGUGCAGAGUGCGUGCGUCUGAGCUGGGAGGAGCAGCAGCAGACACAGCAGGCCCAACAGCAGUGCCAGACGUCCCCGGUGCCCAGCGCGCCCGCCUCCCUCAGCUCCAUCAUCCGCACGCCCAAGUGCUACCACAUCUCCUCGGUCAACGAGAACGCCGCCAAGCGCCUCUGCCGCCGCUACUCCCGCAAGCUCAUCCAGCACACGGGCUCCCAGCUGCUGCGCACCUACCCGGCGGCCACGCGCAUCGACUCGGCCAACCCCAGCCCGCUGCCCUUCUGGCUGCACGGUAUCCAGCUGGUGGCGCUCAACUACCAGACCGACGAUCUUCCCCUGCAGCUAAACGAAGCGCUCUUCGAGGCUAACGGCGGCUGCGGCUACGUGCUAAAGCCGGCGGUGUUGUGGGACCGCUGCUGCCCCCUCUACCAGCAGUUCUGCCCCCUGGAGCGAGACGUGGAGAACAUGACCCCCAUCACCUACACCCUCACGGUGAUCUCCGGGCAGAACGUGUGCCCGGGCAACAGCGCGGGCAGCCCCUGCGUGGAGGUGGACGUGCUGGGCAUGCCCGUGGACGCCAGCCACUUCCGCUCCAAGCCCAUCCACCGCAACACGCUCAACCCCAUGUGGGGCGAGAGCUUCCAGUUCACCGUGCACUUUGAGGAGCUGUGCUUCCUGCGCAUCGCCGUGGUGGAGAACAACAGCUCCCAGACCACGGCCCAGAGGACCCUGCCCAUCAAAGCCCUCAAACCAGGUUACAGGCACCUACAGUUAAGAACUCAACACAAUGAGUCCCUAGAGGUGUCCGGUCUGUUCAUCUACAGCCGCAGGAACGAGGACGGCCCUGCAGGGGGUGCUGUUCCCUCCUCUAUGUGGUACAGUACAGAUGACCAGCGGACGUAUCAGAAGCACAGGCUGACGGUGCACGGGGCCCCGGGCCCGGAGCCCUUCACCGUGUUCCCGGUCUGCCCGCAGACCACCGCCAGGCAGCUGCUAGACAUGGUUGUGUCCCCAACAGGAAGUCCCUCAGACUACUUCCUGUGCGAGGAGAGGCUUCCCCUUGCCAAGGAGCGCAGCGAGGCCAGGCAGCGGCCUCUGGCUCCGGAGGAGGAGGUGCUGCGGCUGGUCAGCGGCUGGCACACGGAGGAGGGCCUGGUGGGCAGGAUCAGCCUCCGAGCCAGAGAGGAGAACUGUAAUGAGAGGAGCACGUUGGUUGGAGAAGGGGAGGAUGAGCUGACCGUAGGAGGGAGGGAGGGAGGAGGGGAAGAGGAGAUGUUCUUCGUCCAGGUCCACGACGUCUCUCCUGAGCAGCCCCACACGGUGAUUAAGGCCCCGCGCUCCAGCACCUCCCAGGACAUCAUCCAGCAGACUCUGUCCAAAGCCAAAUACUCCUUGAGCAUCCUGUCCAACCCCAACCCCACCGACUACGUCUUGAUGGAGGAGGUGACCAAGGACCCCGGCUCCAAGAAGGCGUCGACCGCCAAGCCGCUUCAGCGAAUCCUAUUGGACCACGAGUGUGUCUAUCAAGCUCAGAGCCGGUGGAGGGGGGUGGGGAAGUUCAUCCUCAAACUCAAAGAGCAGAUGCCUCGCGAGGACAAGAGAAAGGGCAUCUCGUUCGCCAGCGAGCUCAAGAAGCUGACCAGUCGCGGCCGCAGCACGUCGAGUGGCAGCAGCGCCAGCCAAUCGGUGACGCUGUGCCAUGACGGCCCCGCCCACAGGUGUCUGCCUGCGGGGCUGAAGGCCUGGGUGUCAGAGGGCAAAGAGGGGGCUGGACGUAUCCUCCUGAACUCGCCCGUGAGGCCGCGACCAAAGCCCCGACGGGACCACACCUCCACCGCCUCUCGAGCCCUCCAGACCUGGAAGAUGUACCUUCUGCGCAACUGGAAGGUUCACAAAUGAAACCCAGAGAGGGAGAAAAGAUCAUUAAAGUGAUAAUGGAAGGCAUCCUCAACGCAGUGUAGUAAGGACUCAUUGCCCUGGUUCAGCGCAAAGGAAGGUUUAUUCCCACAAUCUGCGAGUUUGUACGUGCGUUUGGGAGUUCUUGGAAACCGCUCCUCUUGCGCAAAGGACUGCAUUUGGCAGUUGAUUUGAGGGCACUUAGAGGAUUCGGUCCGGCCCCAGAGGCUGGCUUAGUUGCUGUACAGGGUCCUGCCCAAACCCUAUUGGUCGGAUGAAUGGGAUUUGGCUCACUCCGGGGGGUGUCCGUUGAUUGGUUGGUUCGCUGGUUGACGGACAGUUGCCCUAGCCACUCAGAAAGCCUUUCUCCACGGAGCCCCUAGACACGGUAAAUGUGCCAUUGGGCUACCCCCAGGUUUGACUUGACGCGGUCACCCGCAGCUGUUUUAUUUAUUUAUUGUUUCAUCAUCAGGGAUGGGAUUUAGAAUAAUCUAAAAUGCUGUUUCUUAUUAAUGAAGGGGAAGUUGUAUGUCGGACCCAUCAACAUUUAGUCACGAUGAAAUGAUUAAUGGGUUUGUGACCUUUCAAUCUCCAAAUUAAUUUGACGAACCCUGAAUACGUGUCAAGUUUGCUGGGUGUGAACAGAGAUUUUUCAUGAUUUAGGCUACUAGUAAGGUUCACUAACGGCAUAUACUAACUAUGAAUGAGGCUUCUAGUAAGGUUCAGUAAAUAUAUAGUUACUAUGAAUAAGGCUUCUUGUAAGGUUCAGUAAAGUUAUGUUUAGUAACAUUGCCCAUUUUCUUGCUGUUAAAAAACGCACAUAGGAUAGCAAAAGGACUCAAAGCAUUAGUGAUGGAAUGUGUAUGAAUUAGGUAUUUUGAAUGGCUUCAGUUUGAGGGAAAUGGUUGAUCAUGUUUUAAUGUAAGAUUAAAACAGAUACUGUAAGAUUAUAUUCGGCAGCUUUUGGUCCAGGUAGACGGGCUUUUAAGUUGUUUCUUUACUUUAUAUCGUUGACAUGAUCUCUAAAAAGUAAUAUAUAAUUUAACUAAUAUAAGAAAAGUAAGUCAUCGCAGAGCUGAUCAAUGAUCGGUGAUGUUACUUAUUUUCGCCCAGCUAGCGGGAAAAGGCCUGAUGACAUCACUGAUAGGGGUGUGGCCAACAGUUCCAACUGUUAUUCCAGUUGAAUAAAAUCGUUGUAAACUAUACAGCAGGCUUAAAACAAUGUCGUCCCAAAAAUAUUUGAUCAAAGAAUUCAAAUUUGGAAGAAACUUCUGUGUGUGCCGUUAAAUGUUCCCCAUUUAAACAAAAAAACACAAAGUAUUUUCUAAUAAGAUGUCUCUGGGACAGACAUGUUUUUUUUUUCAAGAAAUAACUUAAGUUGUUGAAUAAUACUUUGAAUUUUCUUUCCUAUUUCUUUACAUAAUGAAGAAUGAAAGACUUGUAUGGGUAUUUUCUCAUGUUUUUAUUAAUUUACAUUAUUGAGCGGUGUCGUACAUUUUAUUUUUGUUGUUUACGCCCAUCUUAAAUUUGACAAUUAAGAAGGCUUCCCAAAAUCUUCAAAUGUUGAGAAUGAUUAAAGGUCAUGUCAACAUCAGUUAAGUUAAGUUAAAUUGUUUGUUUCCAUCUCCCAGUCUAAAUGUCUUGUCCGUCAUUGGCUGAGUUGUAGCAUUAGCAUGACAGCUAUGUGAAGCUAACAUAGCAUAACUAAAGUUAUGAUAGCUUAUGUUGGCAGAAUUUUUUUUUAACCUGAAAUAAAGCUGAUAUCCAAUAUUAAGUUAAAGUUGAGCAUAUUAUUGUCUAUGGAAAGCGGUUUAACUUUUAAACCUAUUUCCUUCCCUAUAUGUAGGCUUGUGCUUAGUUAAGUGUGAAUCGAUUGUAAUGUCAUAUAAAGGUACUUUUAAAUACAUUUAAUAAUUAUAUUGUUUCCAUUUUAUAGUGGCUUAACAAUUUGAUUUAUAUUUUAGUCCAGUUUAGUCUGUUGUAAAUGUAUAUAUUUUUAUCCAGGGUCACUGAUAGACAGACAGGAAAUCAUCCCUGAGCCUAACAUAUAGAUGGAGCUCAGACUCAAUGUGGCUGUAGAGUUGUAUAUACACAUAAGGUGUUUAGUUUAUCUUUUAAAGAGUUUUCUUUAAAAUGCUCAAUGUUUUAUGUUUUUCGUAGACAAUCCUCGGGUAGUCUGAUACUUUUAAACAAGACGUCUGGAUGUAGAGCUUAGCUAUUCAAGACUUGAUACCAUUUGUUGCAUGCAUUCUUUUCUUUAAAUGGAGGUAUUCAGAUGAUGAAUUAUUUCAACGCCAAGUAUAGUUUUUCGCCUUUAUCUCUAACUUGUGAAUGAUACCCUUCUUAAGUGUGUUGAAACUUUGUUAAAACUGAGAAACAUGUGUGUAGGAUUAUUUAUCGAAUGACACGCCCUGGUUGGCUGUUGUGUGUGUGUGUGUGUGUGUGUGUGUGUGUGUGUGUGUGUGUGUGUGUGUGUGUACGUGUAUGUGUGUGUGUUUUUUGGGCGUGUCUGAAGUCUCAAAGUGUUUUAAACUGUUUUCUUAAUUUAUUUGCGUAGAUGUGAGGGAAAUCCCUCCUCUGCGUUUACACUAAAAUGUAAUAUUUGUUCAGUGGUGUAAAUAAUAUUUUUUACUUAAGUGUUGGCUGUAGUAGUUACAUUUCUGGUGUUAUAUUCUUCAGGAAAAUGUCCUGCAGUUGUCUACCUGUGUCUUUGUAAAUGUAGGAAGAUUAGGGCGACACAUUUGGAUGGAAGUGUAUAAGUCUUUGUGUUGUCGUGUAUAUUUUUUUAAAAGUGUAUUUGGUCAUUGUGUUGUCCAACGUGCUUCAUAUUGUGACCUGCAGGCUGUACGUCUUCACGUUUCUAUUUACUUGAAUUAUUUAAAUGAUUGAUUAUCAGCCAAUGUUGUCAUACCUGUAAAGAGAGAGUUCACAUUAAAUACAACUAUUGUCGUAGUCAUUA